UCUUCAACGAAGAAGAGUGGAUCACGCAGAUUGAUGGAGAGGCCCAGGGUCGCAGAUCGGGGGAAUCAAGCCAGGGAUCGAGCUGCCCAAGGUGUUCUAGGUGGCAACAUCAUCAACGCGUUCGCUCGUGGCAGCGGAAAACCGGUUGAGCGGACUCGCGGUGGUGUCACAGAGCAUGUGUCCGGUAUCAACUCCCCACCUCCGACNGGACGGUACAGUAGACACAAUGGCGAAAAAGAACGCGUACACGAGCGCCAUCCCAUACCGUGCCCUCACUGUCCCAUGACCUUCGUGAACGAGCAAGGACUUGGGAUCCACGUGAAAACACAGCACAGCAAUGCAAACAUGUCCAACGGCUUGCGGCUGCAGCGGAUGCUAGGGAAGACUCCCAAAGGGAAGGCGUUCCCAGGUGGCAACAUCAUCAGCGCGUUCGCUCGUGGCAGCGGAAAACCGAUUGAGCAGACUCGCGGUGGUGUCACAGAGCAUGUGUCCGGUAUCAACUUCCCACCUCCGGCCCCGGAGCGGCGCCUACCGUGCCCUCACUGUCCCAUGACCUUCGUCAACGAGCAAGGACUUGGGAUCCACGUGAAAACACAGCACAGCAAUGCAAACAUGUCCAAUGGCUUGCGGCUGCAGCGGAUGCAAGGGAAGACUCCCAAAGGGUAUGUUCAGCCGUGGGAAGAAGCCGGGCCUGGACGUUGUUGGCACGUGAAGGUCGAUGGUGCGACGGGGGCGGCUUCGUUCGUCCUCCAACGGAAGCGCUUCCGCGAUCUCGACUUGGAAAGCGACGGCUUUACGGACCGCAAAGUCAAGGAGACUCGUGGAGCUGCGAAGCGCAAGCGGUACGAUUCAGACCUCUUCAAGGAGGAGCAGCUCACGCCUCUCCAGUACUUAGAGGACCGUCUCAAGGUUAACUACAGCCUGAUCGUGAAGUAUGACGUAAAGAAGACCCUCCUUGCCAAACAGAAGCCAAAGCGGUGGUUUCCUGAGGAAGAGAAGAAGCUGUACAAUAUGUUCUUGGCGCGGCGGAGGAGGAAGCUGAAGGUGUCGACCCUGUGGCUGACGGUCACGUUCCGGAAGCUCGUGCAAGAGAAUCACCCUGAGGACCAACGGGCGGCGGCGUUCAGCGCGUCCUUCAGGUGGGCACGAAAAUGGGCAAAGAGGCAUAAGCUGUCCAAACGGCGCAGGAGCAACCUCAAGGACAAGUCUGUUGAAGAGCGCCUACCAAAGAUCCAGCGCUUCCACCGGCGGUUUCGCGAGCUCCUGCAAGAGCCGGUACGGUACAGGGCACCCGAGGCAUCGGACGUGUCGGCGAUGUCGACGGUCGCGGAGGGCGAGUCCAGAGAUCCCAAGUACGGUCAGUUCCAGCUCUGGGAGCGUUAGAAUGUGGAUCAAGUGCCUUUGCCAUUCGUGAACGGGCUGACCAGCACGUGGGAGAAGACAGGCGCGUUGCGUG